GGCAGAAAGCGGAGAGAUCGGUCUCGGUUUUAUUAUGCUCAAUUUGAUCAGUAUUUGUCAAUAUAACCGGUCGGACUCAUGGUGAAGAGAAAGAAGACGUCGCCUACUAGCGAAGAGCACGAAAAUGGCAUGACACAGGGCUCCAGGGAGGGGAUCGGUGUCGAUGGGAGGAGGAAUCCGUCCAGAAAGCCCGAAGGUUGCGACGAGGAGGAGAGCGGAGAGCAGGCGAGCGAGGAGCGCAGUACAAAGGGAGACGACGGAGUGGAAAUUCUUAAUCCAUCAACCACGGCUCUCAGCCCCGGUUCAGCUCCGGUUCUCCCCGCAUCUCCGCCGAACCGAGCCGGGCUUGGCUCAGUCCAGCACUCCCAGACCUUAACGGAGCCCGCCCCUCCGUGUCACGACCAGCAUCAUUUUCUCCGAUCAAGCGUUAGACCUCCGAGCAAACGGAUCCGGAAGGAUUCAAUCGGCUCGACCAUCAAUGGACAUGGCGGGGCAAAAUCGAAAGGGGCAGAGAAUGGCUCUUCCUCCCAGGGGACAGUGGGACAGUCGGGGCCUGUGGCCGGCUCCACAGGGGGAGUGUCGAAGGCCUCCAAGGGCCAAGGGUCUGCUGAGAAGGAGGAGCAAGCUGGUAACCAGAAGCGGGCCCGUCGGCAGUGGGAGUCUUGGAGCACAGAGGACAAAAACAGCUUUUUCGAGGGGCUGUACGAGCACGGGAAGGAUUUCGAGGCGAUCCAGAAUAACAUUGCAAUGAAGUACAAGAAAAGAGGCAAGCCAGCCAACAUGGUGAAGAACAAGGAGCAGGUUCGCCACUUCUACUACCGGACCUGGCACAAGAUCUCCAAACAUAUCGACUUUGCCAAUGUUUACUCCAGGGUGCUGAAGAAAUCCUCCCAAGAACUGUACGGCCUCAUCUGCUAUGCAGAGCUCCGCAAAAAAGUUGGAGGAUUAAUGGAUGAUAAGAACGUGGCAAAGCUGAACGAACUAAUCCAGCAAGGGGCCACGACUGUACGCUCCAAAGGGAGGAACUUGCGUAUCAAAGCGCCCAUGUGCCGAGCACUGAAGAAACUCUGUGACCCAGAUGGAGUGAGUGACGAGGAGGACCAGAAGCCGGUGCGUCUCCCCCUGAAGGUGGCAGUGGAGCUCCAGCCUCGCAGUAAUCACUCCUGGGCUCGCGUUCAGAGUCUAGCCCACAACCCUCGUCUCAGGAUGGUGGUGGAGCUCCACAGGAAAGUCUCCAGCCUCAUUGAGUAUCUGAAACAGAAGUGGGCGUACCAUGACCAGCGGAUUCUUAAGAGUCUCAUGGAGAGGGAGGCUCUGGAGGGCGGCCAGUCCAGCACAGCCUCUCCCAGCAAAUCCCAGCAGGAGGAGCUCUUUCUUUUCCCGGCUGAGAGCAGCACUUUGACCACGCUGCCUGGUGUGGCGCGUGUUGUUCACUCCAAGGCCUCCUGCACUGUACACUGGCUAGAAAGUGGCAAGAACCGGCCGAACGCCAAGGAAUUGCCAGCUGCUCAGAUACUGGGAAUUCACACGGCUCCACCAGUUCGGACUGGGGCUAAAUCUGGACGAGCGGGUGCGGCAGCUGCAGCUGCUGGUGCUGGUGCUGGCGGUGCUUUAGUGACUGUAUUGGGUGAAGGCAGACGAACUGAGUCCCUUAACCUCGAGCCUUCACAAGACUGUUCCACAAAAGCAGAGGAGAAGAGACCUCAGUCUGUUUCAGUCCCUGUUUCCUCUCAGCAGACUCCCAUGGAAGAGGGAGCUGGGACGGGACCCUUUGAAGGGGGAAAGACUUGUACUGGUGUGGAGACCAGUGGUGGUUUAGCAGUGGAGAAGUUGUGUAGUGGUACAGAAAGCUCAUCGGAGCAGUGCAAAGAGGAGCAGAACACCAUCACCUCCUCCCCAGAGGCCAACCAGACUCCCCCAGCCAAAGCUCCAGUGUCUGGCUCAGAGGAGGGGAUGUCUGCACCAGCAGCCAAAGAACGGGCUGUAGAGCAGAUCAGGGGGGAGGGCUGGAGCGCCCGUGACGCAGAGAACGUCACCCUGGCUGAGCUCUACCUGAUGUUCGGGAAGCCUGGCAAGCUGCAGCUGGAGUACGAGUGGCAGCCCAUCGCAGUUCCUUUCAGCAACGAGGAAAACGGACAGGCCAUGGCACAGAUCAAACCCAACAGGACACACCGCGUUCUGCGCUGUCUACUCAAGCUGGUCGCCACUGAGGUCAAUCCUAAACCUUUGGCUCCAGAGCUGUGCUCCACAGCCACAUCACCACUCAAGAACCAGCAAGAGGAGCAAAACCAGGCCGUCACACCUCCGGGGAAGGGUCCCAUAGCAGGUGUUCGAAGCCCCAACUGUGGCCGGCAGCAGGCUUCUGUCCGAGGGGCCCGGUUACACCUGCCAAAUGCUGGAGUCUCAGGCGGGCGCAACCUCCCUCGCUCGCUGCUGGGGUCAACGGCGGGCAGCGAGGCAGAAAGCGGUGUGUUUGCGGUUCCCACAACGCUGCCCCCCAACAGCACGCGGCACAACAGAAUGUUCUCCCCUAACAAAGAGGCUGAGCUCGCUCUCAAACAGCAGCUCGACUCGAUCAGUAUGCAGUCAGAUCUUUUCCUUUCACGACAGAGAAAACCUCGAAACAGACAGCUUCGGAAACCACUUGUAGUUCAGCGAACACUCCUACCCCGAACUACAGGAGACACUCCUCAGCAUGUCUGCUCCUUCUCCAUCCUCUCCAACUCCUCUGCCACAGGAACUGGAUCUUUCCGGCCAAUCCACACUCGCCUGGCUCCUUCUUCCCGCCCCCUCCUGUCUAAAACUUCCCCGGCAGCCACCAGCUCUGCAACGGCCAGCCAGCUUUCCAGUGCCAUUGACCUGGCAGCUAAGUCUGCAGGAAUCAUCCCUGGCAGUCCCCGCCGGGAGCUGAAUUCUCCUGCUGUCGAUAACAGCGCCCUGCUGGCCACCACACCCAUUGUUGAUGCUGAAGCAGACUCUCCACUCCUCCAGGACAAUGUCCCAGAGAAUGGUCAACCUCCACCGUCUCCUGGGGUGACAGGUGGUGGGGACUCUCUCCUCUCUCCACCCAGUGUCGCCUCGCUCCUGGACAUCUCUCUCCCUGGCCCCCCUGAAGAAGCUCUGGCCCCUGGAGAACCUCAGACACACAUCAGCGACUCAAUUAUAGAGCUUGCCAUCAACUCUGCCCACUACGGUGAGGAGGCCACUCUCUCUCCAGCCAAGCUGAGCAACAACGACGGCUCCAAACUGUUGACCUCGUCUCCCUCGGUCAGCCCGUCCAGAGGCUGGAUCCCAUCGCCCAGCCACGACCCCCAGUGGUACCCCAGCGACUCAUCUGACUCCACACUGGGAUGCCUCCUCUCCAGCAUGGUGUCUCCUGAUAAGGGCAAGCGGACCACCCUAACCCCCUCUGGCCCCUCCAGCGGCACGGCCUUGCUUGGUCCAAGCCUCCUGGACUGCAACUCCCAUGACUCCUUUCAGUCCCGUGGCCUUCCUGAUGUGGCAGAAAUGGAUUCUCAGCUUGCUUGUAUGAUGAGUGAGAGCAGCGUGGACUACAUCGCUCGCUUCAAUGACCUGGCUCAGGAGCUGGCUGUGACCGAGCCCUCCAUCCCUCCGCCAUGAGGUCGAGAGGACCUGGUUUCAGCGACCCACGGCCACCUGGAGGACAUGAGUUUGCUCUGUCUAGACUGCCGCCACACCGUCCCUUCUGCUCAGGAGAAAAGACGGCUGUGGAGGACGACAGAUCCCCCCCCCAUCCAAAAGCCAUCCCUGCCCUGUUUGUAAAAGUGCAAUAAUACCAGUGAACCUUGACCAUUGUUCAAAGCGAGUUCGAAACUUGUUGGUUUCACUGAACUGUUCUUUAAGUUGAAAUGCCCUUUAAAAACAAACACUUUAGAAAAACAGAUGCGUUUACAAAACACAACCUCAUGUACAGGAAAAUACUAUGCCAUAUCUGAACAAAAUAUUUUCACUGAUCUUUUAUGUCUCUUCCUGCUCUUUGUGUGUUUGUCCGUCUUCUACUCUCUCAGAUUAACCCCACAAAAUGUGUAAAUCCGCCAAAAUGUGCAGCUGGUGGCAAACGGCUGCUGGAGGGUGGUGUUUAAAAGUAAUGGCAGUGAGAAGGAGGUUGAAUGUGAUGCGAUACAUGUUUCUGUUCAGCUGUUAUUGCGUCCUCAGUUGCAGAAGUAGAGCACGACACAGCAGGGCAGGUAGAAGUGAAAUCCUUUUUGAUACUGCCCUCCAUUUCACCUGCUCUCGAAUCAGUUCAGGUUUUAUUGGUUGUGUUUAAGGAACACAGCCUGCCAUGUUUGUUUGGAAUCAGGUUUGUCAUUUCUUACUGUCAGAUGUCACAUACAAAAAUGGCAGCUUUUUUUUUUUAAUUCUCCUUCAUUUGGUGGUAGCUCUGCAGAUGUAAUCAUCUGCAGCUAUGACCUCUGAAGUGUGUGCUGAAAUCACAUUGGAAUUGAAUCCAUUGCCAGUCUCUUCAUGCUGGUUUCAUCAUUUUUAACACUUUGAAAUGAUAAUACUGAUUUAUCAACAUUUCAUUAUUUUAAAUAACCUGUCACAGUAGUUGGGAGUUUUUUCACUCAGCUUCUGUGACAAAUAACUUUACUCAUGCUUAUAUCUUGCAGUCCUCAUUAGUUCAAACAAAGAGGCAAGUUGAGCUGUUUUCAGUCAAGGUCUUAAAGGGCGACUUUGGUAUUUUUCAAUCUGGUCCCUAUUUUUCCAUGUUCUUGAAAAAAAAACGUUCUUGGCAUGUUUACGUCAACUAAAAGUCCUCUUUUUUGCCACUGACAGGCUCUGAUUGUUAUUCUAAAUGACUGACAACAUUAUGGAAAUGAUCCCUACAGAGAUAAAUCACAGAAAGAUCCUAAAAUUGCUAUCACCAAGGCCACCAGAAUCUACAUAAAAAAGACUCAUUUUAGUGUGAAUAGAGUCAGCAUUAUUUUCAUAUCUAACUGGGUGAAUUAAGGGUUUAUUUCAACCAAUUGUUAAAACAAUGGAAAGAUAAACCAAUGCAGCUUUUGUGAGUUUCAUUUUUGUUUCUGUUGACUUUGACUGAAGUGUGUUUUACAAUGAUAACAUUAUUGUUUAUUUAAACGGAGUCUGGUGAAUUUGGAGCAGUGAUUUCAGGGCUGUGUUUGGUUAUUAAAAAAAAAAAAAGGUCUAUCUCUGUAGGGAUCAUUUCCAUUAUGUCGCCAGACGCUUAGAAUAACAAUCAGUGUCGGUGGCAAAAACGAGUACAUUUAACAGAUGUACAUUGAAUAUGCUGAUAUGCUCCGAGUGGUUCGAUACAUUGCAGCCUGCAUCGCAUCGCCACUGCCGGCGAUUUGUUAGAUGUUUCUGGAAGAUAAAAAGGUUCUUACCUUUCAUCAAAAAUGUCUUUCUCUGUGGGGAUCAUCUCCAUGAUGUGAGACACUGAGAACAACAAUCAGAGCCUGUCAGCAGAAGAAACAAGCACGAUGUAAACUGACAGCUAACAAAUGGUUAAAUUGCAGCCUUUUUCCCAUGUCGCCCUCUCGCUCAAUACUGGACCAAUUUCAAAACCUGUCUCCAUUACUCAUUUAGACACAAAAACGUGGAAAAAUGGGGUCUAGGUUGAAAAAUACCAGUGUUACCCUUUAACACACAGACCUAAUGCAACCAUCCACAUAAUUCACUAACAGACUGAAAUGACAAAUGCCUGCGUACCAAGUUCAAAUUCCCAGUAGUGCUACACUCCCAUUUCCACAUGAGCAAACAGUCAGAAGUAUCUAAUGAAAUCAAACACUAAAAGCCAUAGUUGACACUCUUAUUUUAAGUUAUGUGUCAUUCUUAAAUCACUAGUAGAACCUUCUGAUUGGUUGUGCUCAAAACAUAAACUCGCCAUUGACUUACAGGAUGCUAAAAAAACACUAUGGCUAUAAUGCCGACGUGAUUUGGUUUCUUAACAUCCUUUAACGUCAGCCCACUCUCCAUGUGGUGAAGGUAAAGGUAAAUGUGCUUUCUCUUACCUUUCCCAUGUAGUUUCACCGCUGCGAUGGACUGUCGUUCCCGGCAGAUACAAAUUCACCACAUGAAGUCCAGACUGAUUACAUCCAGAUUUACUACCAAUUUCAAUUAACCAGCAUCAUCAAUAUGCAGUAUUGUGAUCAUUUUGUCUCAUCAACAUGUUUAACUUUAUCUGAGCGUGUACUGUCGGAGAGCUCGUUGUCAUUCCACAAAUGGGAUUUGAAAAUGUUUGUCUCCUUCAAGCACCUUGAGAGCUUCGACUCUGCAAAGUAAAAGCUCUUGUGAUGUUUAUUCAUUUGUGAAAAGGCCUCAUCUUCUCACACUAGACACAAUGAAGAUGAUGCUUUAUAAUGAAUAAACGGCAGGUUUGUGUUUGAAUCUGGCUUAUUAUAUUUUUUUUUGUUGAAGGAUUUAUUUGUACAAAUGUCAAUUCCAGUAUUCACUGCGCUUUUGUAACAUAAAUUGUUAUUUGGACUAUUUAUUGUUAACAUUUC